AGCCAGCGCCACAAUGCCGCAUAUCUCUGUGUGCGCCAUUAUUGUCAUUAUUUGUAUACAAUGUGAAAUAACGCCGAUGUUCGCUGAAAACAAAAGUCAUUAAUGCAGUAAUCCCCACCAGUGGGUGACUGAAGACCGCCCACCUGCAGAACUGGUGUGGUGUAACGGCAGGCGUCGCCCCUCGGUCGUGCCACCUCUGCACAGGCAUCACUAUGACAGACUACGCAGCACAGCUCCUCAACGAGCUGAUGGGCCGCAACCGCGACCUGCUGCCCGACCAGCAGGCGCAGAAGCUGUCCUACGACUCACCAGAGGUGUGCCGCUACUACCUGGUAAAGCUGUGCCCGCACGACCUGUUCACCAACACUCGUGUUGACCUCGGGCCGUGCGGCGGUAUCCAUGACGACGACGCACGUGAAGAGUUUCUCAAACUGCCCUCCUAUCGACGGGUGGUGUAUGAGGACGAGUUUCUCCGGUACUGCCAGUCGAUGCUGAACGAAGUCGAGCGUAAGAUUCGCAAGUCCCGCCAGCGUCUGGAGCUGCAGCCCGAUGACGAGAAGCUGGCAUCUCUGGUGCCUCCGCAGUUCAGCCGACAGGAGGAGCGUAUCGCCUCACUGACCGGGCGCAUCUCCAAACUGGUCAACGAGGUGGAGGAACUGGGCUGCAAGGGACAGGUAGAGGAAGCUCAGAGCCUGAUGCGUUUGUGCGACAAACUGAAGGACGAGCGGGACCGUCUGAGAAGGAACAACGAGAGCUCCGUGUGGCACCAGGCGGCUGAGAUGGCGGCCUCACAGGAGAAACAGAUGCAGGUGUGCGACAUUUGCGGCGCGUUCCUCAUCCUGAGUGACGCUCAGCAGCGUAUCGACGACCACCUGACCGGAAAACAGCACCUGGGCUACGCCCGGCUCAGACAGGUCGUCGAGGAAAUGAGGGAGGGCAGAGAAAAGGAGAAGAAAGACCAGGAGGCGGCCCGUGAGAAAGAGCGGGAGGAGCGCCGGCAGAGGGACGCAGCGGCUGUGGCAGAGCGAGAGAGAGGGUCGCGCUCCGACCGAGACAGAGAGAGGGAGAGGGAGCGGGAGCGGGAGAGAGCGGCCAGGAACGGCGAGCGGGAGCGGAACGGCGAGAGAGAGCGGGGAGGAGAGCGGCGACGGCACAGAAGUCGGAGUCGGGACCGAGACCGUCACAGGUACCGCGACUCCGAGAGGCGAGACCGCGAUUCAGAAAGACGAGAUCGUGACUCAGAAAGACGGGAUCGAGAUCGAGAUCAAGAGAGGAGAGAUCGCGAUCCAGACAGAAGAGAUCGUGAUUCAGAAAGAAGAGAUCGUGAUUCAGAAAGAAGAGAUCGCGACUCAGAAAGAAGAGACCGCGAUCCGGACCGGCGGGACCGAGACCGAGACCGCGGCGGUCGCGAGCGGUCCGGUCGCGGCGCAGAGGCCGACAGCGACAGAGACAGACACUCCCGGCGCUCCGGCAGGAAGUCACGAUCGCGCAGUCAUAGCCGACGACGAUCACGGGAGCGGCGGGACUCGCGAGAGAGAGCGGAGGAGCCGGUGCGGGGCUCUACGGAGCGGACCGGUCCCCGCACGCCGUCAGCCGAGCCGCCGGACAGGGGAACGCCCACAUGAGCCACCCCAUCUACCGUCUGGACGCACACCAUCUAGCGACAGAAUUGCGAAGCUGAGCCUCUGCAGCCUCCGCAAGGUGGGACCGACGCUGGCGCUACCCUCCCCAGCUGAUAAAUACACUCUGGCAUUGGCAGUGGUCCCCUGGUGCAGGUCACGUGGUCUCACUACGGAGAGAUGACGUGCAGUGUGUCGAAACACGUGACCUUAAGCCCCUCUUGUGUGCUUCUCGCCAAUUCUGAAGGGGAGCCAAGUCUGGUGUGAAAUUUGUUUUUAUUUUGUUUUUAGGUAGGAGAGACCAGACACAGGGCAAGUGUUUUGACCUUUUUCUAUGGUGAAUUGUGUUGCUUGUGACAUGUUCUGUGGACUGAGAUGCAAAAAGAAGUUCUUUAACAAUGGGUAUGAGGAGAUGCUCGUCCAAUGAAAAUGGUUUUGUGCGAGUAUUGUGGCGGGUGGUACACGAACUCACACCAUAGUUGUUUGUUUUUAGUAGUAUGUCUGAAUGCGUGCGGAACGUUCGUUUUUCUGUGUCGCGAUGAGUGUAUAAAUUGGUCGUCGGGAAAAAUUUGAAGAAGAAAAUACAGGUAAAUAGUAUUG